CUCCUCCUCCUUCCCUCUCUCAUCUCCGUCACACACGACCUCACUCUCCUCACCUGCAAAUCCCUCAUCCCUUUGUCUCUCUCGUUAACAUCAUCACCUGGACAUUAAUACACCAGUGCUUCUCUCUUGUGUUCUCUCUCUCACACACACACGCACACACACGCACAGACACACACACACGCACACGGACACGCACACACUCUCAUCCCAUCGCCUCCUGCCGGCAGUGCAGGUCGACGCAGGAGCGGCGGCGGCAGCAGCUGCUCUGACAGAUUCUGCAGAGACAAACCCACUGAAAAAGGCAGGAGGAAAGAAGGGAGAAAGGCGGAGGAAAGGGAGGGAGGGAGGGAGGGAGGAGAAGAAGUGGACACAACUCUGUGCGAGAGGACAGCGGAGCAGAAGGCGAGGAGGAAGAGGGGAAGGCGAGCCGAGGGGCGCUGCAGCCAUGGCAGACACACCUUUGCAGAGGAACGGCACGGCAACGGCCCCGAUGUCGUGUGAGGAGGCUCAGCUCCACAAGGAGAGGCUGCAGGCCUUGGCGGAGAAGCGAAAACGGCAAACUGAGAUUGAAGACAAAAGAAGGCAGCUUGAUGACCUGGUGCUACAAGUGCAGCAUCUCAAGUCCAAGGCCACGCGCGAGCGAUGGCUGCUCCAGGGAAUCGGGGAAUCGGAGGAAGAGGAGGUGCGGCGGAAGCAGCUGGAGCGGGACGAAGAACAAGGCAAGAAGCUGGAAGACGUCAUACAUCGGCUGGAGAGUGAAAUCGGCACCCUGGAGAGCGAGGAGUCUCAGAUAGCGGCUAAAGAGCAGGUUCUACGGGCUCGCCUGAAGGAGACGGAGCGCUCGAUAGAAGACCUGCAGAAGAGUCUGAUGACCCACGAUAGAGAUGCCUCCGGCUGCAUGUCCGCCCCGCUCUCGGACUGCACGGACCCCGAUCCUGACCACGCCGCCUUGGCCCAGCAGCCCAGGACCGGCCCACCUGACAUACCAAGACCUGGUUACGACCCAACAGCGGUUGCCGUGACACCAGCCAAUGGGUAUGAAGCUCCCCUGUCGACCAGGCAUGCUCACACCGCCAUGAAGUUGUGGCGGGCCGUCGAUGAUGUCAGUGACGCCGCGCCAAGAGAGCGGGCCUUGAAGAGCGUCAGUUUCCAGGAAUCGGUCAGCGUUAUCACUGACGGGCCUGCGAGCAUGGAAGUGGAGAGCCAGCAGAUCCAACAUGGCUGCCUCAGCGGCCCCAGCAACCGCGCUCACAAUGCAGCGCCUCCUGACGGCGACGGGGUGCAGGAGAUCCGCUACUUGGACCAGGUCUUAGACGCCGCCUCAGAAACUCCCACCAACGGAAUCUCUCCCCCCUCAGAACACUCCGGGCCGAUCGCCGUCCACAGGGGCUCCCCCGCCGUCAGCGUGUCCGCCUCCUCUCCCGUCGAUCCCCAGUCGAUCGCCGUGGAGGGGCGGGGACAGACCACGUUCGUCCACCGGGACGACUCCGCCCCGAGGACCAACGGCCACGGUCAGGGGGAGGAGUCAGGGAGCGGCAGGGCCAAGUUUGAGCUCAGAGCGUUCCAGGAGGAGCGGCGGCCGGCGAAGCUCUUCGUCCCGGGAGAGGAGCAGGAGGUCAGGGUGACGCGGAGACGACCGUCGGGGGAGGUUCAGGAGCUGGAGCGUGAGCGUCAGGAGCUGAUCAAGGACCAGGCAGUGAAGAAAAACCCUGGGAUCGCUCAUCGCUGGUGGAACCCCCCUCAAGAGGUUCCUUUGGAAGAACAGCUGGAUUCAGAUCAGCUGGAGUCUCUGAAGAAGUACCAGGAGAGGAAACAGCAGAGACAGAGUCACACCUAUACAUACACACAGCCCCAGGUUUCUGGCCCUCCCACGAUGGUGACCUUUGACCCAGAGCUGAUCAGGAAGGAGGAAAUUCUGGAGGAGCAGAUCAACUUCUCGUCUGCCAGAAAGCAGUUCCUGCAGGGGGAGGCGGCCAAGAGGGACGUAGCUCCUCACGCGUAUUCCACCCAGCCCUUUUCAAAAUCCGUAACCGGGGGCAGCCAGGGAGGCGGUGACGUCGUCCCAGAAACCGGCGAGGGCCACGUGACCUGGUCCGACGAAGGAGUGGCGGCGGAAUUUACGUGUGCGCGAGCUGUGAUGACCAUCCUGCCCGACGAGGAAGACAGGAAGGGGCAUUUCUACCAGCCGGAGGAGUCCGACUCGGGGUUGGACGAGCUGUCUGUCCGCUCUCAGGACACCACCUUGUUCAGCUCCGACAACAUAUCGGACAGCGGGGCCUCGCUGCCGCCCACCCCCUCGCCGCUCACCCCGAUGUCCCCGCCCACCCCGCAGCCCUCCACUCCGGUCAACGGGCAGGCCGGUGGCAGUCCAAUGGAAGACGAACUGGAGUACCACGCCGGGGUGCUCGUUCAGAGCGCCAUCCAAAAUGCCCUGGAGGCUCAGGACGGAGGGGAGUGGCGGGGGUCCAAUUCCUCGCAACUGAGCGCCCCCGUGUCUCCGUCCACGACUUCAACCAGCAGCCCUGAGCCGGUUUCUUCCUCUCCCGCGUCUUCCGGCGGAGCCCCGAGUCUCCAGUCGCCCGUGUCCUCCAGUCCGGCCCGGGAGCCACACCUCCAGACACCCUCUCCGCCGUCCUCCCAGCCCGUCUCGCCGCCGCAAAGGCCCAGAGACGGAGGCCCCAGGAUCAAAAUCCAGUCCUCCUACGCCAGAGCGCUCGCCUCCUCGGCCCCGUCUCCGGCCCGGGCUCCCGCCUCUUCCUCGGCCGCCGCCGUCCCGAGGCCCGCCCCGGUCUACCGCCCCCCGUCUCCCCCGAGCCCGGAGAAGCCCGAGUUCAGCUACUUCAGCAAGUACUCGGAGGCCGCCGAGCUGCGCAGCACGGCGGCGCGGGGCCCCGAGGCGGAGGCGGCCAGCGGGCCGUUCCGCCUGCGCUCCAAGAAGCAGCGCACCCUGUCCAUGAUCGAGGAGGAGAUCCGGGCGGCUCAGCAGAGGGAGGAGGAGCUGAAGAAACAGAGGGAGGAGAAGCCCGUCGUGGCCGUGCGCCCCAGCGACUCGUCGGGCAACAGCCUGGGCCCCGCCAGGACGGGGAUGCGGAAGGCCAACGUUUCCCCGGCGGACAAGAUGAAGAGCAACAGCCUGCCGGCUCGUCUCACCCUGACGGCGAGGACGGCACCAGGAAAGAUCGAAAAGGUUCGACCCGCGCCGCCCGUCUCCCCCUCGCCAUCAGAGGGAGCCCUGUCCGACGCCGGCAGCGAGGACUCCGGGGGACGGCCCAAGAGCUACAUGCAGACGCUCAUGGAGGACUACGAGACACACAAAGUGAAGAGGAGGGAGAAGCUGGAGGACAACAGCUAUGCCCGUUUGUUGCUGGUUAAAGAGGUCACAACGGAGGUUCUGGAGGCCACUCGCGUCACCAGGAGGAAGAGCGACAUGGCACGGAAGUGGGAGGCUGGUAUCUACGCCAACGAGGAUGGAGAGGAGGAGGAGGAAGAGGAGGAGGAGGAGGAGGAAGAGGAGGAGGAGUAAAUGGCUCCUCUCAGUGGCAGCCAAGGGGCCAAGUGGAAAGGCAGAGGAGGGAGAAGACGAGGACAAUGAGACUGGAGGAAAAAACGCAGCGAGGACAGUGAAAGGCAACAGUAUUUAUUUUUGCUAAUAGUAUUGAGAUGGCCGGCUCCACCGACAGUCGAGUUGUGGUUUUUGGACCUGAGGAGUGAAGGCCAUCAGUACGUUGGAUGACGUGAGUUUGGAGAUAGAGAGAGAGAGAGAGAGAGAGAGAGACCAUUUAAAAGGGUUUUGUGGUGGUCGGAUGUGUAUUUGGUAUUGAAGGUUUUCACUAGAUGGUAGACGCUGAAUGACUUAAAUAUUCAUAGGAUCCUUAUUUGCCUCUCAUUUUUUUAUACUUAAAUAUGGCCUGAGAUCUAAAGAUUUUUUGUUUUGGUCGGUUGCCUGAGACUUGUUGAACCAUGAGCAUCUUCCACAAUGCGUGGCGACACGCACGUUUGUGCGUUGUGACUUUUCUGCACGGGCUGAUUUCUGUCAUUACAGAAUCGUUUUUUUCACCUGUGUUGGACGAAGCUUCCCGCUCAGAGGCCGCCAGGUUAGAUCUCCUGCAUCGGGCAGUUUUAACACUCAUACGACGAGUUGCAGGGAUCCGUCGCCUUUUAAGCGUCCAUGUUGAAUGUCAUGUGCCGGUUUGCGGUUCCUGGAGCUGCUGAAUGCUGGCGAGAAAAGCUUCGCCUGAGACCGUCACCGAGCGGCGGAGGCACCACACGUGACUUACGCCGCAUUUCACCACUGGACGGGUGGUGGACAAACCUUCAGUGACGGACGGGGGUUGACGGGAACGCCUUUCCAGCUGAGGAUGAAGUUUGACAACAAAGAAUUUUUUAUAAAAUAAAAUGUUACAGCUAAACCGAAUGUGGUUACUUAGUGAACUGCCAGCUUAUGCUUUUAAAUCUAUUUAACAAGGACCGGGACGUGAAAGGACACUCCUCCGAUAACCUGAAACAAGCACACGACAAGCAGCAAGAGGAAGGUGAUUGAAGGUCAAACGUGUGUUUAUAUUGUAUGGGAAUGACAUCAUGGUGGGAAAGGGGGGGGGAUUUGUGUGCUAGAGUUGUACGUUUUUUUUUGUUUGUUUUUACCUAAUAUAUAAUGAGCUUCGAUUUCUUGUUUUGCCGGAUGAAGGAAGAACAACGCGGCCCUCUGUCAGCGUGGUGAUGAUGCCGCCGGGGGCCCCGAGGCAGCGCUCGGCUUCUCAAUUAAAGCGCUAAAACACAUUGAGACAGAAAAGUAUUUGUGUGAAAACGCAGUAGAAACGUGUCAACGUGGUACCUUUGAACCACUUUAGCGGAAAACAAUUGAACUUUCCAGCCUCCGUUAGCUCGAUCAUUAAAGCCUCGGAGGAUCUGUAUUACUUCAGCAUGACAGGAGGAUGGAGAGGGUCUCGGUUUGGGUCAGUGUCCCUGACCUGGAAACUGACCCUUUGCUUCAUAAAAUCCACAUGUGAUUAAAGCCGAGAUGAAGAUAAAGAGAUGCGGGACACGUGCUAAUAGCCCUUAGCAAUAACGACUCUUAUUAUAUUUAUUGUGACUGUCCCAUCCCGCGUGCAACUGAUCUGACUCUAUUUAAUUAUCUAUUUGAAUAUGUUCUCUGAGGAAACGUCGCGCCUGCAACCACCAAACACAAACACACAAAAAGACACACGUUGUGUCCAGCGAAUCCUCCUCGUUCUGUAUUUUUUCGAUACAUAUGAUACCAUUGUAUAUAAAAUGAAGAGAAACAAGAAAAGUAUUUAAAGAACCACUGUCCCAUUUACUGAGAUGGACAUGUUACUGUGUUGCAGCUGAUGCUGAUAUGAGAUUAAACCACACGAGGUGAAGGUGUGUUGCCACAUGGCAGAUAUUAGAUAUUAGAGGCACUCGGACUGACAUCAUCCAGAGCAAAUGACAGAGGAUAUUUUUUUUCAGGGGCCUACUCUGAGCUCCGACUGUAUCUACGCUUCACUUUCUUCUUCACUAAUUGACUGUAGCUGCUGCGCCGCCGUGUAAGACGCCUCCGUCCUCACUUCACCUUCCAAGGACACCACCGAACCCCCGACUCACUUUGAGUUUGCUUUAGAUACGCUCCAAGGCUCCAAGGCUUUUAAAAAUGCUUAUGACGUCACGCACACGCAGAGGACUUCCAAUUGUGUGAUUUAUUAUUAUGAUUAUGCUUUUUGUUGUUUGAAUGAGAAGAUUUAUUUAUCAUUUUAAAUGCUGGUUGCUGGUUUUGGCCUGCAGGAGCAUGUGAGCUUCAAGCUGUCUUUGUGUGUGUGUGUGUGUGUGUGUGUGUGUGUUGAAGCAAUCCUAUUAUACAUUAUAACCUGUUUCUAUGUUAACCACUUGUAUGCUCAUACUCUCCUUUGUUAUUUUAUAGCACACGUACGGCUCGCGGUUAUUCACCUACGAUACAUAUUAUGGAUAUUUUCUCAUUAAAAUCAAAACCUGUACACGUG